UGCGUGCAGUAUUGAAUUGAUUGCUUUACUACUUGUUUCAUGGUUUGUGAAUAGAAAAGGAAUAAUAUCAUGGAAUCUAUUGUGAAGUCCGAGCCAAGGGAAUCGGAGGAAUGGCUAGAAGACAUGGCAUCUGUUGAAGAAGAAAUUGACAUAGAAUACAGCAUGUCCUGGCUUGGCAAGCAGGAGGUUCCUAAUGAGGAACAGGUGUCAUCCAUCCCUGCUCAAAUUAGUGAAACAAUCCCACAAAAUAAAGACUUGAAGGAAAAUGAAUGCAGAGAAAAAGAAGGACUAUCCAACAAAGAGACAACACUACCCACUGCAUAUGUCAAACUUUAUCGCAUUAAAGUGCUUGAUAGAAUUGCCAAAACGUUUAACCAGAGGCAGAGCUCAGAUUAUUAUCAUGUGUCGUCAUCAUCAGCUGUUUGUGGGAGUGAUUACUCUGCUGCAGAGGAGGAAGAAGGAAGCAAUGAAAGAAUGGGAGAAGAAGAAGAUGUCAAAGAAGUGAAGGUGUCAUACAAAACUACUCUCAAAGAACCUCAUCUGUGUACAUUCUGUACAAAAAGUUUUUCUUAUCUUUCUCAUCUAACUGUUCAUAUGCGUAGUCACACAAAAGAGAAGCCUUUCCAGUGUACAAUAUGUACAAAAAGGUUCUCCAUUUCUAGUCAUUUAACACGGCAUAUUAAGUGUACUCAUACCAAAGAGAAGCCAUUCCAGUGUACAGUCUGUACAAAAAGAUUCUCCACUUCUAGUAAUUUAACCAUUCAUAUGCGUAUUCACACAAAAGAGAAGCCUUAUCAGUGUACAGUCUGUACAAAAAGGUUCUCCAAUUCUGGCGAUUUAACACGGCAUAUUAAGUGUACUCACACCAAAGAGAAACCUUUCCAGUGUACAGUCUGUACAAAAAGGUUCUCAACUUCUAGUCAUUUAACACGGCAUAUCAAGUGUACUCACACCAAAGAGAAACCUUUCCAGUGUACAGUCUGUACAAAAAGGUUCUCCACUUCUAGUCAUUUAACACUGCAUAUUAAGUGUACUCACACCAAAGAGAAACCCUUUCAGUGUGCAGUCUGUACAAAAAUGUUCUCCACUUCUGGGCAAUUGAUAGUUCAUAUGCGAACUCACACAAAAGAGAAGCCUUUCCAGUGUACAGUGUGCACUAAAAGGUUCUCCACUUCUGGUGAAUUGAUUGUUCAUAUGCGUACUCACACAAAAGAGAAGCCUUUUCAGUGUACAGUGUGUACUAAAAGGUUCUCUACUUCUAGUGAUUUGACUGUUCAUAUACGUACUCAUACAAAAGAGAAGCCUUUCCAGUGUACAGUGUGUACUAAAAGGUUCUCCACUUCUAGUGAUUUGACUGUUCAUAUACGUACUCAUACAAAAGAGAAGCCUUAUCAGUGUACAGUCUGUACAAAAAGGUUCUCCACUUCUGGUGUUUUGACUGUUCAUAUGCGUACUCACACAAAAGAGAAGCCUUACCAGUGUACAGUCUGUACAAAAAGGUUCUCCACUUCCAGUGAAUUGACUGUUCAUAUGCGUACUCAUACAAAAGAGAAGCCUUUCCAGUGUACAGUGUGUACUAAAAGGUUCUCCACUUCUGGUGUUUUGACUGUUCAUAUGCGUACUCACACAAAAGAGAAGCCACUCCAGUGUUCAGUGUGUACUAAAAGGUUCUCCACUUGCAGUGAAUUGUCUGUUCAUAUGCGUACUCACACAAAAGAUAAGCCUUAUCAGUGUACAGUCUGUACAAAAAGGUUCUCCACUUCUAGUAAUUUAACACGGCAUAUCAAGUGUACUCACAAAAAAGAAAAGCCUUUCCAGUGUACAGUCUGUACUAAAAGGUUCUCCACUUCUAGUCAUUUAACACGGCAUAUCAAGUGUACUCAUACAAAAGAGAAGCCUUUCCAGUGUACAGUCUGUACUAAAAGGUUCUCCACUUCUAGUCAUUUAACACGGCAUAUUAAGUGUACUCAUACAAAAGAGAAGCCUUUCCAGUGUACAGUGUGUACUAAAAGGUUCUCCACUUUUGGUGAAUUGAUUGUUCAUAUUAUGCGUACUCACACAAAAGAGAAGCCUUCCAGUGUACAGUGUGUACUAAAAGGUUUUCCACUUCUGGUGAUUUGAUAGUUCAUAAAAUGCGUACUCACACAAAAGAGAAGCCUUUCCAGUGUUCAGUGUGUACUAAAAGGUUUUCCACUUCUGGUGAAUUGACUGUUCAUUUGCGUACUCACACAAAAGAGAAGCCUUUUCAGUGUUCAGUGUGUACUAAAAGGUUCUCCACUUCUAGUCAUUUAACACGGCAUAUUAAGUGUACUCAUACAAAAGAGAAGCCUUUCCAGUGUA